GUGUUAAUGGAAUAAAUGUAAGUGGCUCUGGAUAAGGGCGGAAAUGUAAAUGAAUAAAAGAUGUAGAAAUUGUGUCCUUGAGGGUUUGUACAGUAUGGGAUAAAAAAGUAAAAAAAAAAAAAAGUGCCCUUUUGGAUAAAACUGAAAGAAAGAUGCACCUGGAUGAAAAAGGUAUAAUACUUUUAGAAGCCAGGUGUGUGUGUGUGUGUGUGUGUGUGUGUGUGUGUGUGUGUGUGUGUGUGGUGUUUCCUAUGAAGCUGGCAUGCACGACUUUACCCAAUGCCUAUCUGUUUCCAAGCUUACCUGCUCUCAGGGUAACCAUGGCAACCAGGAGCGCACUCAAGUUGGGAACGCCCACGAGAACACACCGUAGCGCGCGGUCGGCACGGAGCGGAGCGGCGCGGCGGCGCUCGGAUGGAAAGCCCAUUACAGCCGCAGCAGCGUCGCUUCGUUCUACAGCAGCGCCUCCAGCCGCAGCACUGCGCACCGCGAGAAGAACAGGGGGAGGAGGAGGAGAAGGAGGAGGAGCGCUCCGGCGGGCGGCGCGACCCCCGCACCUGCACCUGCACCGCGCGCAAUAGCCUCGUUUGUCACGGGCCGUCGUGUCCACCGCAAGUCGGCACUUCAGCCAGGACGCUGUCCUUGUCGUCUUCCACGAAGCAGGGGUGCCAGUACAGCGCGUGUGAGCUCACGCCUUCUAGUCAUGGUAGUUCAUCCAGGCAACAUCCACCACCACCACCGCCACCAUCAUCACCACCACCGCACCACCACCACCACCACGACCAUCAACCGCAGCAGCCGGGAAGCCCGGUCGGCGAGCCCCGCCGCAAAAUAGCCGCCGUCGCGAUGAGCGGCUGCAGAUACAACGGCGGCGUGAUGCGGCCGCUGAGCCGCGCCGGCUCGUCGCGCCGCAACCUGCACGAGUUUGACUCGGAGUCGCAGCCGCUGCAGCCCGUGUGCGCCGCGGACGCCAGGACGGAGAACCGCGCCAGCGCGCCGGUGCCGUACUCCGCGGCGGACGGCGGAGGAGGCGGCGGCGGCGGAGGAGGAGGAGGAGGAGGAGGUUGUAGUGGUGGUGGUGGUGGUGGAGGAGGAAGCGGCAAGCAGGGCAAAAAGAAGAACCAGAAUAUCGGCCAGAAGCUCGGGCACCGGCGGGCCCUGUUCGAGAAGCGGAAGCGUCUCAGUGACUACGCGCUCAUCUUCGGCAUGUUCGGCAUCGUGGUCAUGGUCAUAGAGACGGAGCUUUCGUGGGGAGCGUACGGCAAGGAGUCGUUGUAUUCAUUAGCUCUAAAAUGCCUGAUAAGCCUUUCUACAAUCAUCCUCCUCGGCUUGAUUAUCAUAUAUCACGCCCGGGAGAUUCAGCUGUUUAUGGUGGACAAUGCAGCGGACGACUGGAGGAUAGCCAUGACAUACGAGCGAAUCUUCUUCAUCUGCCUGGAAAUCCUGGUGUGCGCCAUCCACCCCAUCCCGGGCAAGUACACCUUCACGUGGACGGCACGCCUUGCCUUCUACUACACGCCGUCCAAGACGGAUGCCGACGUGGACAUUAUCCUGUCCAUUCCCAUGUUCCUGCGCCUCUACCUGAUCGCCCGCGUCAUGCUGCUGCACAGCAAGCUGUUCACGGACGCCUCAUCACGCAGCAUCGGCGCCCUCAACAAGAUCAACUUCAACACACGCUUCGUCAUGAAGACCCUUAUGACCAUCUGCCCUGGCACCGUGCUGCUCGUCUUCACCAUUUCCCUGUGGAUCAUCGCCGCCUGGACUGUCAGGGCGUGCGAAAGGUACCACGAUAACCAGGAUGUAACCAGCAACUUCCUAGGAGCCAUGUGGUUGAUCUCAAUCACUUUUCUAACCAUUGGCUAUGGGGACAUGGUCCCUAACACGUACUGUGGCAAAGGGGUUUGUCUCCUCACCGGGAUUAUGGGUGCCGGAUGCACUGCUUUGGUGGUGGCCGUGGUCGCAAAAAAACUGGAAUUAACCAAAGCUGAAAAACAUGUACAUAACUUUAUGAUGGACACGCAGCUGACAAAAAGAGUAAAGAACACUGCUGCAAACGUUCUCAGGGAGACCUGGCUCAUCUACAAAAACACCAAGCUGGUGAGGAAGAUGGACCAUGCCAGAGUCAGGAAGCACCAGAGGAAAUUCCUCCAAGCCAUUCACCAAUUAAGAAGUGUUAAAAUGGAGCAACGGAAGCUGAAUGACCAAGCAAACUCUCUAGUGGACCUCGCAAAGACUCAGAACAUCAUGUAUGACUUGAUCUCGGACCUGAACGAACGCGGCGAGGACACAGAAAAGCGCAUUGCCGUGCUCGAGACUAAGCUGGAGACAUUGCUGAGUAACCUGCAGGCUCUUCCAGGCCUUAUCAGCCAGCUGAUCAACCAGCAGCAGCGGGACUUCCUGGAGGUGCAGCUGCAGCCAUACGAGCGUUCACAGUCCGUAUCUCGACGGCGCUCCUCCUCCACGGCGCCCCCUACAUCAUCAGAGAGCAGCUAGAGCCCCUGGUUGCGCAGAGACCUUUCGCCAUCAUAUGGCCGACGUGCAUCUUACUGUAAAAGCCUUACGGCGUCUCGAUAACACGUCAUCCGCAUCCUGGUGACGGGGCCGACGCCGCUGAAAUGGCGUACAGCUUUUAAUUUGUACCUCAAAGUUCUCUCUUUUCUCUGCUGGCAGGUUCUCAGAGAAAUCUUUCCUCAGUGUAAAAGGUGGGGCUAUCCAGAAAACCCCAUCCUCACACACUCAUCAGGAGAGCAGUGUCACACAACCUCCAAUGGCACAAAAUAAUACUGUGCCAGAAUAGUGCUUCCCAAAUGGACGUCCUGCUCUUCCUGUCUGUACCGGACUGUAUUAGAUCGAGUAAUUCCUUAAACCAGCAGGUGUUAGACAUUUUGUUUCAUCCAGCAGUUGAUAGGGAACUGUUCCCGCUGAUAACUCCUCCCCCCAAAUCCAAAGCUAUCAUAUAGAUUUACAUACUUGAGGAGAAUUAAAAAAAAUAUAUAUAUAUAUAUAUAUAUAUAUAUGGGUAUGGGUAUGGGUUAGAAACAACAUCAGAUAUUAUGGUCUUCUUCUUCUUCUUCUUCUCAAGGUGCCCCUUCCAAGCUAUUCUCUCCAAGGGGCCAAAACGAUUUUUUUUCUUCUUUUUUUUUUCUUUUUUUUUACAUAAUUUCUAAACAAAUGCAU